UGUGUUUUGGUUGCUUGGAUACCGCUGCGAAACAAUAGCGGUGGCUUGCUGCCCAGUUGCUGGGUCUGCGCUAGAACCAGCGGUUGGCCCUCAUUUUCUGAGGAACCGGAGGAGCGGCACACCUUGAUUCUUUCCAGCCUGGUCCUGGUCUGCGGAGAGCGAUGCCGCUUCCCGACACCAUGUUCUGCGCACAGCAGAUCCACAUUCCCCCGGAACUGCCAGACAUCCUGAAGCGGUUCACCAAGGCUGCGAUCCGCACCCAGCCCGCGGACGUGCUGCAGUGGUCCGCGGGGUAUUUUUCAGCUUUGUCAAGAGGAGAUCCACUUCCUGUAAAGGACAGAAUUGAAAUGCCCAUGGCCACUCAGAAAACAGACACAGGCCUGACUCAAGGACUCCUUAAAGUUUUGCACAAGCAGUGUAGCCACAAGGAGUAUGUGGAAUUAGCAGAUCUUGAGCAGAAAUGGAAAAAUUUGUGCCUGCCAAUAGAAAAAUUCAAAGUGCUCUUGCAGUUGGAUCCUUGUGAAAACAAAAUCGAAUGGAUAAAAUUUUUAGCACUUGGAUGUAGUAUGCUUGGUGGGUCAUUAAACACCGCAAUGAAGCACUUGUGUGAGAUACUGACCUCUGACCCCGAGGGCGGGCCUGCUCGCAUCCCCUUCGAGAUUUUCUCCUAUGUCUACUGUUACCUGUCUGGACUCGACAAGGAGAUACCUGCGUCGGACACAGAGUCCUACCUCUCCUCUUUGAAAGACAGAGUAGACUCUAGAAAGAAUGGCAUGGUAGGACUUUCAGAUUUCUUCACUCUAAAGAAGAAAAUUUAGAAAACCUGGAAAAUUUAGAAAACCUGGAAAAGAAAACUCAGAAGACAUAGACCACUUACACAGAGAAGAACACAUUUUAAUGUCAAAACAGUGCUUUUGAAAACCUUGGCACCAAAUACAACUUGUCAUUAACCACACA